AGGUGGUGGGUGGGGGGUGGAGAUGCGUGAGCCGCUUUAGUUCGCAGAUUGCCCCCCCCCCUCUCGCCCCCUCCCAUCACGGCAUCCCCCCCCCCCUCCCCACUUCACACUUGCGCGUCCUUAAGAGGCGACGCCACAAUCCGGUCCAUCAGCAGCGGAGCAGCGGACAGGAGCCAGAGAGAGAGAGAGAGGCAGGGAGAGAGAGGCAGGAAGAGAGGCAGGGAGAGAGAGAGGCAGGGAGAGAUUAACGGAAGGAGAGGCUGGGGAGCUUAUGCCAACCCCGACAACCCACGACCAACACAUAGGGUAACCCCCCCCCCCCCCCUAAGGUAUUAAACCAUACAGAUAUGCGCAUCGCAUGUGCGUGUGUUACAUGUUUCACACGUACACAGUACGCUCGCAUACUCAAUAUUAAUCGUUCGGUAUUUAAUCUAGACACAUAUUAUUUUGCAAACACACUCACACACAUACGUACGUUUCAGAUAUGCCAUAUAGACAGUUUACAUAUAUAGCCUAAUCUAAUAUUUAUAGACACAUUAUAUAAUACACCCAUACACACACACUUGUUGCAGCUACGCGCUCACGUACUCCCCACAUAAUACGCGCAUUCUCCCUUUUACACACAACCUUAAGAUACUAUAUUUCUCACGCAUAACCUACGCACAUUGACUUCAAGCCGAGCCUUACCUUUCACACUUCACACAGUGGAACUUACCUGCAGUGCGCGUCCUGCAACAGUGAACAACACAUCACACAGAACGCAAAGGUGACCCCCGUCUUUGUAACACUCAAGUUGGCACGAGUGCUGCCGUCAGCGCAGACAAUUGUUCAAUCCGACAAAGAGCCACGCCACACACACACACAACACGAGCACCCAUAGCACACACGGGCUGCUGGGUCAAGUGCUGGCCAGGUGAGCGCGCAAGGCGCACAGACACAACUCACCGCCAUGAGCACCGCCACAUCCGAGGUGGCUGUUGCCCUCAACACCUCAACGGAGCCCAUGGCCGGGGGAGCCAACUCGAGCUCUCCGUCGUCCUCGGCCGAGUACCAGGGCUUGUUCUCCCCGCCUCUCCUGGCCGUGGUGACCACCACGAGCGUUCUUCUCUUCGCCUUCGGGGUGUUGGGGAACUCCAUGACCAUCGCGGUGUUCUCGAGGACUCACGAGAUGCGAACCACCACCUACCUCUACCUGUCCAGCAUGGCCGUGUCGGACCUGCUCAUCUUCUCGUGCAUGCCCUUCGACCUCUACCGUCUGUGGCGCUACCGGCCCUGGCUCUUCGGCGACUUUCUGUGCAGGUGCUUCCAGUACGUGAGCGAGAGCUGCACUUACGCCACCAUCCUGCACAUCACGGCGCUCAGCGUGGAGAGGUACCUGGCCAUCUGCUUUCCCCUCUGGGCAAAGGUGGCCAUCACGCGUCGGCGGGUGAGGGCCCUCAUCCUGGGCCUGUGGGCCCUGGCCCUGGGCAGCGCGGGCCCCGUGAUCUCCAUCGUCAGCGUGCAGGUGGAGAAGCGCGAGCCGGUGUGCAAGGUGACGGACGAGGCGCGCAAGUCGGGCCGGCUCGAGAUCAUCACGUGGAUGUCCACCGCCUACUUCUUCCUGCCCGUCUUCUGCCUCGCCGUGCUCUACGGACUCAUCGGCCGGCGGCUGUGGCUGCGGCGGACCGAAGCGGUGGUGCCCUGCAUGGUGCAGCACGAGAAGGCCCACCGGCAGACGGUGCGCAUGCUCGUGGCCGUGGUGGUGGCCUUCGUGGUGUGCUGGCUGCCCUUCCACGUGGGCCGCCUCAUCUUCGCGUGGCACGUGACCAAGAGGUCGCAGUUCGUCCACGACCUGAGCCAGUACCUGAACCUCACUUCCUUCGUCCUCUUCUACCUGAGCUCGGCCAUCAACCCGCUGCUCUACAACUUCAUGUCGCGCAAGUACCGCGCGGCGGCGCGCCGCCUCGUGGGGCCGGGUCUGGCGGCCGCGCUGUGCCCGCGCGCCCGGGACGCGCGGUCCCUCUCGGGCAGGGACCGCGCCGGUCUCUCGGGCUCCUCGGCGGGGUCGUCCUACCGCCGCAGGGCCCGCUCGGUGAGCAGCAGCGUGCAGGAGGACAGCACGCAGGCGUUCGUGCUCGACCCGGGCAGCACGGCCGUGUGAAGGCGCGGGUCGGUGAGGGGGCAGAGGAGGGCACCGGAGCUGGGCCCUGCGCUCGCAGACGCGUGGAGGUGACCACGUGACGCCGGUGUGUCGCCACGGCGUUGCUCGCUUCACAUCGCCCGCUGCGACGACGAGUCGGAAGCCCCCCGCUCCUGGCCCUGUUCACGUUUUCCUCCCUACGUGCGCUUUAUCCGUUGCGCCUCUUCUCCAAAACCGCGUUCGCCGUCCCCAUGGUAGAGAUCCUUAGAUCGUAAUAUUCGUGUAAGCCCACGUGAAUCGGCAAUCGGGUCGGCUGCCCGGUACAUUCGGGUGUCUUCUCGUGAGGCCAGCGUAGCGCGGUUUGGUCAUGGCUCGGAAUGGCAGUUAGCCCCAGUAGGAAAACCAUCCGUGCCAUGAGUGAGCCGUGCUGGCUGCGAGAUAACGCACACGUGUCAGUCCUUCAAGGGAGAAAUGCAGUGCUAAAUAGAAAUAACGGAACAAGCACACGGUUGCAACGUUUGACAUGUGAAAGACGCUGCACGUUAUAUAGCACAGAUAUAUAAUAUGUAUUUAAUAUGUAUUGUAAAGUGUACACGUAUAAAAUAUGUAAAAUGUUACACUCAUAAUAACAACGUAUAGCCUACAAACGCUUAUAUUUACGUAUCUUUUUGAGCCAGAGUAAAUCUACGAUGCGUGAGCCGGCGCAAGGUUCUGUCGGUUCGAUACGUUGAUGCUUCAAGAGCCACUGCUUGGACACGAGAGUGAGACGCACAAUCGAACGGACUGCGGUUAUUCUUUCCUGCCCAAUAACCUUCCGCGGUCCUGUUUGCCAUUGUUUACAUGUGUAAUGUAUACGUAUGCAGGAAGUCCUCGUUUGGACGCGUUAAGCGACACACGCAUUUGGCGAAAAAGAUUUCCCCGAUGUAACGGUGAAGUUUGGCGUGAUACGAUGCCGCGUUUAGUGUAUCGUUCCACGAACUCCAUCACCUGUGCCGCUCUGAAACUGCGUUAUAACGGUGCGCGUUUUGCUUUGUGCGAAAAGUGUUCCCGAGCGGAGUGAGCCGGCAUCGUAGAGGAGACGCGUUGUGCGAACACGUGCUGAGCGAGGACUUACCGUGCGUACGUCGUUUUCGUCCAAAUGUAAUUCCGACCGUGCCGACUGCGUCACGACACGAAGAAUCCGGUUCUGAGAUGUCGCAAAGCAGCGCGCGACCUUCCCGUGUGUUAGAGAGCAGCCCCUGGAAGUGGAUAUCGCUGAGGCUACCUCUGAGUUCACUUCUUCUUCUUCUUUUUCCAAGUGACCUCUGAGGUCCACACUUUCCUACCCACUCUGCUGCAUGUUGGUCAAACUGAUUUUUGUAUUUCACAAGAGAUGGAAUUUAGCCAAAUUUAGUGCACCAACUUGAAUGUGAUUUUCAUGGGGUUUUAUUUAUUUGCGCAGACAUUUUCUGGUGACCGGACUUAUCACCCAUCAACUCACUGCACCUGAGAACCCCCGGUUGAAUCACAGGCCAUGGCUUAGACCUCCAUUCAGACCCCAGGGAUCCCACCAGUGCCGGCUCAGCACUCUGAGCCACUUGGCCACCUCCUCCUGUUGCCUGCGAUUUGUAGCAAGAAAGCCGUCGCAUCUCAACGUGGCAUCAUUUCAACGUGGCAACAACAGGCCGCAUGCCACCGAUGAGCAUCAGAAAGGUCAAAACCGGCCCAGAGUUUUCACCAAAACGUUUCAAAAGCUUCGUGAAAAAGUGUUGGCCCAUGGGUUGGUGGACUAUAUGAAUAAACCAAGCCUUAAGUAUUUUGGUUAUUAAUGAGUUUUAUUAUUUAAUUUUGUCUCUCGAAGGCCUGCCGUUUUAAAAAUUAAAUUGUGUACGUAUGCAGGGAA